AUGUCUUCUGUUUCAUCAGUAUUAAUUAGGAGUAACAAUUUGGAAACACAUUCUCUUCUAUGGUUGGACGGUUUGGUUAAUUCCAAUGAAAAUCGUAAUGCUCAGCAACAGCUUCGUUCGGCUAUUAAUCAUAUAAGAGUAUUUGAAAAUGGCUCAGAAUGUGAAACUUACAUUCGUGAAUCGAAAGAUGAUCAAAUUUUACUAAUUGUUAGUGGACAAUUAGGAUCUGUCAUUGUUCCCCUUAUUCAUUCAUUGAGACAAAUCAAUUCGAUCUAUGUAUAUUGUUUAAAUUCAAGUAAACAUAAAGAAUGGACCUCAAAAUUUACCAAAAUUCGAGCAGUUGUUACAGAUUUAAAUGAACUAAUUGAGAAAAUCAACGUGGAUCGAAAGAGAAGAGAAAAAUCGUACGAUGACCAUCUCCCCAUAAGUAUAUUCAAUUCUAUGUCAAAUGAAGAACGUUCGUCAACAAAUAUCAAUGGUGGUUUUCUUCAUUUUCAACUUCUUAUUGAUGCUCUACUUCGCCUUCAUUACCGUCAGACAAGUCGAGAUGAAUUUUUCAAUCUAUGCAAAAGUGAAUAUGAAGGUAAUAACGUAGAAUUGUCCAUACUAAGGCAAUUUGAAGAAUCUUAUACUCCAGAAAGAGCUCUCUAUUGGUAUACCCGACAUUCAUUUCUCUAUAGAAUGCUAAAUAAAGCUCUACGAGUUCAAAACAUCGAUGUUCUGUUUCUAUUUCGAUUCUUUAUGCAAGAUUUAUACCAACAACUUAAAAAUUUACAACAAGAACAAAAUCGGACGUCAAUGCGUGUUUAUCGAGGUCAACUAAUGUCAAAAAAAGAAUUGGAUAUUUUGAAAAAAUCUAAAGGACAAUUCAUAUCGAUGAAUUCAUUUCUCUCAACAAGUCUUAAUCGACAAAAAUCUCUUUCAUUUGUUUCAUCUGAACAUGAUGAUCUUUAUCGUGUUCUAUUCGAAAUCGAUGUUGAUCCUCAUUUAUCUGAUGGAAUGAAGCCAUUUGCUAACAUCAGUUCGGAGAGUCAAUUCGAAAACGAACAAGAAAUUCUGUUUAUGAUUGCAACCAUCUUUCGCCUUGUUGACAUUCAUCAAGAGAAAGAAAUCACUGUCAUUCAAAUGGAACUAUGCAAUGGAAAUUAUGAUCAUGAUAUGAAACUUCUUUUUGAACAUAUGCAAAUGGAAAAUGAAGAAUAUAAAUGUCUUUCACUUGGUCACACAUUGCGGACUGCAGGAAUGUACGAUAAAGCUGAACAGUUUUUCAAUCGAAUGUUGAAUGAAUUAGCAGACGAUCAUCCAUUGAUCGCCGAUCUUUGGAGUUCAAUAGGGCUUGUGAAAAGAGCAAAAGGAGAGGUGGAGAUCAGUUAUCAAUGGUUAAACAAGUCAUUUAAAAAAUAUGAACAAAUGGAAAAUCGUGUUGGACUUGCAAAAUGUUUACAAGAUUUGGGCAAUAUUCAUCAAAUGAGAAGAGAACUCAAUCAAGCCAUCGAUAAAUAUAGUCAAGCAUUAAAUAUAUUUAAAGAAUUAUUUGGUGAUCAAAAUAAGUCGGUAGCCAAUUGUUUGAAUAAUCUGGGCGUUACUUAUUUCGAGCAACGUAAGUUCACUGAAGCAGUUCAAUAUUACAUGGAUGCAUUAAAUAUUCGAAAAAGAAUUUUUCCACAUACGCAUCCUGAUAUUGCAAGGGCACUUACCAAUCUAGGCAAUGCUUGUUUUUUCAAUGAUGAAUAUGAUCGAGCACUUGAAUAUUUUGAGAAGGCAUUGGAUAUAUUCAAAGUAUCGUUGCCAUCCGGACAUCCAUCCAUCGCACAAACUUACUACAAUAUGGGACUGACUUAUUUGAAGAAGGGCAAUGGUCAAAAAGCGUUGGUCUUUUUAAGCAGAGCGGCUUCUAUUCAUCGUAACACACUUUCACCGGAUCAUCCAGACCUUCAUCGUUGUAUCAAUACUAUCGAUUAUGUCAAACAAAAAUACAACAAACAAGGUAGUAUUCAUUCUACGAAUUUCCUGACUCUUUUUUGA